AUGGCCUUUGGCCUUACAUUCAGGGCUCUUUCCUUAUGGAUCACGUCUCUAGCUCUUCUUCUGCUACAAACAAGGGCUCAGAGCGUCGACGUCUCCAUCAACACGUUCAAGAAUCUGCCGGCGAAACUCUACUUUUUCGAUGAUACAACGGUCGUUGCGUACCAUGAUAUUAUUGAAGGGAACUUGUGGAUAUCGGAUAAUGAGGGCAAGUCCUGGGAGAGGACGGCAGACAUCCCGGAGGGGGCGGUGACGAUGUUCUUUGAGCAUCCGUUCAAUAACAGAAUGGGCUUUGCUUUGACGAGAGGGAAAACGCACUACCGAACGGAUGACCGAGGAAAAACAUGGCGCACUUUAGAAGUGCCCGUACCUCCAGCCUUCAUGUCACGGCCUCUAUCUUUCCACUCAGAUCCCGCCAAGAAUGGAUACAUCCUCUAUCAGGGUGUAAGUUGUGUACGACAAGGAUGGGGAGAAGUCUGCCACGACGAGACAUAUUAUACGAAAGAAGCGUUCAGCGACAGGGCAGAGAUGCUCCUCUCCGAAACCUCACGGUGUCAGUUCGCCCACAGCAGCAAGGACUUCAAGCACGACGCGCACCCAGACCUAAUCUACUGCGUCGGCUUCGAGACCUGGUCCACCUCUGGCUCACACUCCCUCUCUUCCAGCCGCCUCUUCUCCAGCACCGACUUCUUCCGUAACGACAUCACGAUCGAGGACCUCGGCAUCGGCAAAAACGCACGCGGCGUCCUCGCGCUCGCCAUCGUCUCGAAAUUCGCCGUCGUGGCGCUGAAGGACCUCUCACCUGGUGCCGGAAGCGACAUGCUGCUGUACGUCUCGGUGGACACGAAGACGUGGGCGAAGGCGCAGUUCCCGCAGUCUUCGAGCGCGAGGCUAAGAGAGAAUGGGUACACGAUCGUGGAGUCGACGACGCAUUCGUUGGCGGUGGAUGUGUUGUUACAGGAUGCGAGUGCGGUGGGGACGCUGUUUGUUAGUAAUUCGAAUGGGACCUUUUUCGUGGAAAGUUUGAAGGAUACGAAUAGGAAUGAGAUGGGUUUCGUGGAUUAUGAGAAUUUGUAUGGGGUAGAAGGAGUGGGUAUCGCGAAUGUGGUAGGAAAUGCGCAGGAUGUGGAGGGGAGGGGGGCGGAGAAGCAGUUGAAGACGGUCAUGACGUUUGACGACGGAAGCUCCUGGGCACCGAUCCGCGCCCCUUCUGAAGACAGCGAAGGACGCCGUAUCGGCUGCAAUCCCGCCGACACAGAAGAAUGCGCCCUCCAUCUCCACUCCGUUACGCUCCCGCAUAACUUCGGCCGCGUCUUUUCGUCUCCUGCUCCUGGGUUCGUCAUGGGCGUCGGCUCAGUUGGCAAAUAUCUCCUACCGUACGAGGAGUGCGAUACGUUCCUCAGCACAGAUGCUGGCGUUUCGUGGAAAAUGAUCCGUAUGGACGCUCACAAGUAUGAGUUUGGCGACCAAGGGAGUAUUUUGGUGGUCAUCAACGACGAGGAGUUCACCGACACCGUACGGUAUUCGACCGAUCUUGGCAGGACAUGGCAAUCACUUGAUAUCGGAAUAAAAGUCCAAGCUCGUGCGCUGAGCACGGUUCAAGACUCCACCUCGCAGAAGUUCCUGCUCAUUGGUCAACUGAGUCGUCAGGAUGCCAAGUCAGACGGACGUUACGUGACGAUUUUCCUCGAUUUUGCGCCGAUGCGGCCGAGGCAGUGUGGCGAUGAUGAUUUCGAGCCUUGGUUUGCGAGGACUGCGAAGGGUAAGGAGUGUUUGAUGGGACAUAAGCAAUGGUACAGGCGCCGAAAGCCCGACGCGAACUGUUAUGUUGGGAAUAAGUUUGAGGAUCCGAUCGAACACGAAGAAAACUGCCCUUGCGAAGACGAAGACUACGAGUGUGACUAUAACUUCGUUCGUCACGAAGGCCAGUGCGUGCCUGUUGGACCCGAACCCAUCCCAGCUGGGAUCUGUGCCGACCCACGCGGAAAUUAUCAAGGCUCGUCUGGGUAUCGGAUUAUUCCCGGCAAUACGUGCGACAGGGAUAGGGGUAUCAAGAAGGAUGAGAAGGUGGAGAAGCCGUGCUCUCAAGCUCAGCCGCAAGAGGGAGACGUUAUUCAUCAGACAUUCGAGUUCCCCGCCAAAGUCGUACAGCAUGCCUAUUUCAAGGACUCUACCACCAUCCUCGUUCGCCUGGAUGACAAGUCAAUGUGGCAGUCCAGCAACGAAGGCUACACCUGGAACCAGCUUCUCCCUGGCACAAACUUCCUGGCAUUCUAUCACCACUCCUUCACCCCAGACCGCGCCUACCUCAUCACCGACACGAAGAGAUACCAUUACACGACCGACGGCGGACGCUCCUGGAACGAACUCGAAGCUCCCUACCCACCCAACUCGUUCGGCCUCCAGGUCCUCCACUUCAACCCCGUCAACUCCGACUACCUCAUCUGGACCGGCAACGUCGACUGCGCCUCUUUUGGUGACGACUGUCAUGCCGAAGCCUACUAUACUCGGGAUAAUGGGCGGCGUUGGGAUCUCGUGGAGAAGUAUGUAAGGAAUUGUGCGUGGGCGAGGGACUCGGAGUUGUUGGUCGAUCCGUCACAGAUCAUUUGCGAGUCGUAUAGGGAUAAGCAGGGCUCGCAGAGGUUCUUUGGGACGAAUAAUCCGCUGGAGUUGAUCAGCGGGACACAGUUCUUUGGGAAGAAGACGAAGUUGUUUGAUCAGGUCGUUGGGUUUGCGAAGUUUUCAGAGUAUUUGAUCGUGGCCGAGUACUUGCCACAAGCUAGGUCUCUGGAUCUUCAGGUCUCGUUGGAUGGAAGGACGUUUGCUGCGGGCAUGUUCCCGCCAAACAUGCGGCCUGAGCAACAUGCAUACACCAUCCUCGAAUCCAGUACCGACUCUGUUUUCCUCCACAUGACGACAUCCGAACCGCCAAGUCCAUACUGGGGCAACAUUCUCAAAUCCAACUGGAACGGAACGUACUACGGUCUCUCCAUCGAGAACGUCAAUCGCGAUGAACGUGGCUAUGUCGACUUUGAGAAGAUGAUUGGGCUGGAUGGGAUUGCACUAAUUAACGUCGUUGGUAAUCCGGGGGAUGCAGCGGUUACGGGCGCGAAAAAGCUGCAGACGAGGAUCACGCACAACGAUGGUGGCUCUUGGAAGGCUCUUAUUCCUCCGAAAGUAGAUUCGAUGGGCAGCAGGUACAGCUGCAGCACCGCGAACUGUGCCCUUCACGUCCACGGCUACACCGAGCGUACUGACCCCCGAGCCACCUUCAGCAGUCCCUCCGUCGUGGGACUCAUCAUGGCCGUCGGCAACGUCGGCGAAGAUCUCGUAGGCUACACCGACAGCGACACAUUCCUCUCUCGGGACGCCGGCUUCACAUGGGAAGAGGUACACAAAGACGCGCACCUUUGGGAGUUUGGCGAUUCCGGAUCUAUACUGAUCAUGGCGAACGACGAAGAGCCGACGGACCAUGUACUAUUCACGACGGACGAGGGCCUCAAUUGGAGGGAGUAUACGUUUACGGACGAAAAGCUUAGGGUGACGUCGAUCGUGACGGUCCCGAGCGAUACAAGUAGGAGGUUCAUUUUGAUGGGGCAGAGUUCGAGGGGGACUGUCGCGGUUCACUUGGAUUUCACGUCGUUGACGACAAAGCAGUGUGUAUUGGACGUUCAGGAUCCUGGCCAUGACGAUUUCGAGCUGUGGAGUCCGAGCGAAGAGCGUAAUGAGAGGUGUUUGUUCGGUCGUCAGACUUUGUAUCAUAGGCGUGUACGAGAUCGGAACUGUGUGGUCGGCAGUCAAGAAAAGGCCGCAGACAAGGUCGUCAAGAACUGUGCUUGUACCGCAAGCGACUUUGAGUGCGAAUUCAAUUACGCCCGUAACUCCGACGGGCAAUGUGUCCUCGCCUCCGGUACACAACCCCUUCCACCCGACGAUUCAUGCCGCAACGGCGAAGACUACUGGUACGACCGCACCGCGUACCGCAAGAUCCCAUACUCGACAUGCGAGGACGGCCUAGCGCUUCAUCAGGGCUCGAGACACGUCUGUCCUGGGAUCAGAGCGCACGGGGCGGCGUUCUGGUUCUUCGUGCUCGUGUUGCCGUUCAUAUUCACGGCGAGUGUGGCGUGGUGGUAUUACAGGAAGAGCGGACUUGCUAGAGGAAUGAUCCGUCUCCCGGGAGAUACGAGACCUGCGUUCAGGUCCGAUUCCGGGUUCAUGUCGACGCUCGCGUCCGUGCCGUGGUUCAUGGUCGGUCUGGCGGGCAUCGCGUGGGAGAGGAUUUCGUCGACGGCGGAGGGGCUCGCGACGAGUAUGAGGUCGAGGAGGGGGUAUAGGAAUAUCCCGGUGGAUGAGGACGCGCAAAUAUUGAGGUUCGAGGACGAGGAGUGAGGGGCGUUUCUCAAUUUGUGGUUCGUUGUCGUUUUUGUCGGGAAGUGGCAGGCAGAUCGUUGGGAGUGAGGCAAUGGGCGGGAGGAUGGUUGAGUACUAAGUAUUGAGUAUUGAAUUCCGACUCAUGUUGGUUCGUUGGUUGGGCAAGUGUAGUUCCCUGUGAUUCAGAUCCUGAUUCCGGUUUCGAGUACGUUUACAUACAUCAGUUACAGUUCGUUUGCUUUUGGAGUUUCUUUCUUCCCUAUGUAUUGUCUCCAGUAUGACUAUCCUCUGAAAUC